AUGUUGUCUCACUCACUCGUCGUGCCUUCGUCGUCCUCCUCCUCCUCGGCGACUACUUCUUCACCAACCAGCAGCAGUAGUCUCGGAAGUCGUCAUCCUUCCUCUUUAACUCGUAAUAAUUCUUCUACUCAUGAUUCAGCUUGGCUACUCUCCACAAACUCAUCCUCUCAACAACAACCAAUCAUUCCGAUUAGCAAUGAUUUGAUUGAAUUGGAAAAGAACAAGGUACGAUUCGUCUGUGAGAAAUGUAAAGGCUCUUCUUAUCGGUUGGGAGAAGUCCGAAGUUGUGGUUCACUGUUGGCAAAGAUUUUCAACGUGCAGAAUAGAAGAUUUAUUACCAUCACUUGCAAGAGUUGUGGACAUACUCAAUUCUUUGAAUCCACUCAAUCGGCUUUGGCCAAUAUUUUGGAUAUUCUCAUUCGAUAA